UUAUUUUUGUUUUGGUACAGAAAUGUUAAGACGUCAUUUAAUGUUUUGUAAACAAUUCGCAAGUGGCUAGGAAAAUCGAAAUAGCGUUGAAAGCAAAAAAUAUAAAACGCGAGUUGCAGGUGGCGAUUUCAAACACGUAUAUCAUACGGAUAGAAAUUUCUACUUGAAUUUCGAAACCAAAGAAAAUGCAAGCAAGUUAUUUAAAUGUGUUACACACCAUCGUUAUUUUAUUACGUUAUAAUGUUGGCUUUCCAUAUGGAGGAAUGCUAAGAAAAGACAUUCGCUAGUCCACAUUGUGAAAUACAAAUGUACAAAUGUACAUACAUAAUGAAAUAAAGUUCCUUUACAAUGGAGAAAUGGCAUAACAUGUUUUGAUAUAUAUGUUAUAGUUAUUAAUGGCAAAAUAUUUAAUCGUACUUGUCAUAAACACUAUUUUCAUAUAACGAAAAAAAUUACAAGUGCUUACAAAAUAGAUCUUAGCAAAAAGCUAUAAGCUACGGCGAUGUUAACAUUAGCAACAAAGCAGUAACGAAUAAAGCAGAGUAUAUAACGAAAAGAAGGUGAAGCUCUAAAUAGAGCAACGGGAAAAGUUGUUUGUCAACUUGUGGCGUCCCCCAUUUUCAUCAAUAAAAGUGUCACUAGCGCAAAUACAAUGUCAACUGUGACUCGUAGUGCAAGUGCGAGCCCAUCUGUUGGUCAUGCUAAUAAUCAACAAAACCAACAUUUCCCAACGGAGAGACAAAAUUUUCCACAUUCUGUAGUGGAUCCCAGUAAUUUUCCCCUCAAGUCAAUCAGCGAUGUUGUGAAUUUCUUUCGGAGAUCACUUGAAGCGGGUUCCUCAGCAUAUGGCAGUGAGCCCGAUUUGACGUUGCUUUCAAUUGUGGCCGGUUAUAUCGAGCUUUCAUUAACUACAGGCGAUGCUGCUUUAGCGGCAGAACAUGCAUUAUCAAAUGCCGCCUCAAAUGCAACUAUCGCUUCACCUCCGCUGCUUGCUGCUGUUGUUGGCAGUAACUUAUCGUCAGCACAAAACUGUGGCAUUAUAAAAAGCAACAGUGUGCCUUUUCCUGUUGUAACGUACGAGCUUGUUUCUGGCUUAUACAAGAAAUUUCAAAGUAUACUCUCUGUUGUUGAUAAACCAAAAUCAACGCAAAACCGUCAAGCAACACGUGAAAUCAUCAAAAAAGUGUCCGAUGUAAUUUGGCACUCUCUGAUAAGAAGCAGUUACAAAGAUCGUGCGCAUUUGCAAAACCUAUACAGUUAUUUAUCGGGCAAUAAGUUGGACUGUUUUGGUGUAGCGCUAGCUGUUGUUGCUGGUUGUCAAUUGUUAGGAUAUCGUGAUGUGCAUCUUGCUAUAUCUGAAGAUCACGCAUGGGUUGUUUUUGGUUCUAAACAUGUUGAAUGCAUCGAAGUGACGUGGCAUGGCAAGGGAAGUGAAGAUAAGCGAGGACAGGACAUAACACCGGGCAUAGAAACUGGUUCAUGGUUGUAUUUGAGUGGCUUGGCAGUGGUAUGUGAUAGAGCUAUGGAAGUGGCCGCUGUUGUAUCAGCUAUAAAUAUAUCAAUGACAACCAAUAGCGAUUGCGUUGAAGUCGCUGACAUGCAACAAAAAUUACUUUGGCUAUUGUAUGAGAUGGGACAUUUGACAAAGUAUCCAAUGGCUUUGGGCACACUUGGUGAGUUGGAAGAAAUCUCUCCAACGCCUAAACGUAUUUCUUGUGAACAGCUAUAUAAGGAGGCAAUACAGUCUGCGCGCAAAUUCUAUCGCAAUCAUCAUGUUUACCCUUACACCUAUCAGGGUAAUUUUUAUAACCGACUUUUGAAAUAUCGUGAAGCGUUUGCCGCUUGGGCCAAUGCCGCAGAUGUAAUACGUCUCUAUACAUACAGUUGUCGUGAUGAUGAGGAGAUUUACAAAGAACUUUUGGACAUUGCAAACGAGAUGAUACCACAUGUUAUGAAGACAGAAAGUUCGGGUCACUCAGCAAGAAGUAUUCUACGUGAUUCUGAAGUGUUUGCAAAUUUGUUGCGUUUCUAUGAUGGCAUAUGCCAGUGGGAGGAAGACAGUUUAACACCCAUAUUACAUAUUGGUUGGGCUAAGCCACUUGUAAACAAUAUAACAAAAUUCGAUUAUGAUAUUCGUUCACAAGUGGUAAUUAAAGUGCCCGAAGAUGAAGAGAUUGCAUAUAUGAAAAAAUCCACAACAACAUUACAAAAUGAAGCUACCACUUCGGCAUUAAGAGACGAUGCAACAGCUAAUGAGUUGCAUAAAUUGGAUAAGAAACACGUUAACACGGAUGUAAAGAAAGAUGAAGUCAAUAACUGUAAUCUGAAUAAUAAUAAUUUAAAAAAAGAAGAGAAGUCUACGGGAGAUGUGAAAAAAUCUGAUAUAACCGCUACACUAGCCGAUCUAACUGCGGCGUGCGGUGAGAAAAUUUUAAAUCCUGACUUUCUGUUACAGGGUGGUGGAGAGCCAUUUGCUGAACAAAAGAAACACUUGGAACAACGGCAGCAGCAUGUCUGUAAUAAUGAUGCAACAAAUGGUUUAAAAAAUGUCGCAAAUAAAGAUGCUGUCGCAAACGUACAAAGCGAAAUUUCAAAUCCGCAUGCAAAGUUAGUGCCAGAAAAUGAAAACGAAGCAUGUGUGGAGCAAAAAUCACAAACACCUACUGAUGAGGAUCCCUUCGAGUUUAUGAUGAAGCGGCCUGUCAUUACACUUUAUAGUCAGAAAAUGAAGGGACUCAAAGACCUUUUGUUGGCUGAAAAACUAAACACGCAUGCAAUUUCACUGCAAGUCACCGCACAAUCGGUGGCCAGCAAAAAGAUACGCGGCAUUGAUAAACUCGGCAAUCACACGACUACAUCAACGUACGCAACUGCGCAUGUUCCGGGAAAUAAUUUGCAAGCACAGCAUACUAAUUAUUGUGCGACCAUGAGCGAUGGCAAUACCAAUUCAAAUGAUAACGGUACUGCAGCGUCAAUAGCUGCUUCGCGCCCUAAGCGCUCGCGUCGCGAGUAAAUGCUAUGUUGAAGGUAAGAAAACUGAAAACAAAAAUGCUGUAAUGAAGCUUCUUCUUCUAUAUAUAGAUACUGGCUAUGAUAGCGCUUUAAAUAUUUUAAAUAUUCCAGUUAUUUUCUAUACUAUAAUAUGUAUAUCUAAGUAUUCAUAACUUUUUUACUGGGCAAACAUUUUUCGUAUUAGUAAAAAUAUUUUUUUUUCUUCACAUAAUUGGAAAGAGUUUGCAAGUUCGUCUAAUUUAAUUUCUAUUCUGUAAUUUCAAUGUUUAAAUAAUACCAUUAAAUAGUGUUAUACGAGCCAUCUUCGAUUAGCCAAAAUUUAAUGAGUACGAAUCGAACACACUACUAUAAAACAAAUAGACUGAUAUAAGGAAACAAAUAUAGAGUAGAAAGAUUUUGAGUGGGUCAAAACACCUAUUUUUUAUUUUGAAUUAAAUUUAAUAACUCUUUUGCUGCUUUUAAAGUAAAAAUCUUGACGAGAGAGAGAGCAUAGCUCAAACAAUACAAACAGUAAAUUGACGAAUCGAAUAUGGCUCCUUGUGUACACUGAAAAUUUGUAAAGCACAAAUGCAUUAUACUUAAACUGUUUUAGUUUAAACUGAGACACUAUUUUAUUUUAUUUUAAAUUAAUUUUUUUGAGAAGUUACGUUAAGUUGUUAAGGUCAAAAAAUUGCUUGUAGGCACUACAUUGAAAGCAAUUAUUUAACGAAAUAUGAAAUCCAUACAAAAAUAUGUAUUCUUAGCGUAGGUAUUAAGUAUUUUCUGCGAAUUGUAUGUUAAAAAUGUAUGUAUGUAAUGAUAAUGUAGAGAAUAUACUAUACAAUAGUUGCACUUUUCCUGUCUCAUGUGAUAUGCUUUUCUAAAAGCGUUUGUAAUCAAACUAUAAUCAUGUAUAUAAAUAUAAGUACACACAUACAAAUAUACGCACACAACCGCAGUCCUAAUAGUUUAUUACUAAGCAUAUACCCAUGCUAAUAUCUCUCUGUAAUUAAAUAAUAAUAAUUCUUAAAUGGGUUUGUCCAGUUUCGUAUACUUUAAGAAAUAUUAAAACUUUGACAAUAUGUUGCUGUUCUUCAUAAACAAAAAUUAUUUAAACCUUAUACACUGAAAUUUAUAGCAUUAGUUAUAAUAAAGUAGCCAGUGCAGUCUUGAGAAUUUCUCUAAUUAAUUAAGCUCAAAUAUUCGAGUACAAUAUUUCUUUGACACAUUAAAGAAUUUCGCAACAAAAGUCAACCGAAAUGCCGCUUAAUGCUGUUUGUAACGGCACACCCACCAAUAUAACGAGAAACUCGGUUGCAAGUAUUCGUUGCAUUUUCUUGCAUUUUAUUUAUUUUUAUUUUCUUGUUUCAAAAUAAUAUUUUAUUCUUUCAAACACAUUUUUAGACAUCCUUUUACACAUGUUUGUAGCAUAGAUUUAGUUUUACUUUUACAAAAACACUACAAAUAAAUAUGUAGAGUGUCUUGUGUUCCACAGAAUGUAAGGAAACCGAGUCAUACACAUUCACAAGUACUCGUUGCAUACAUAUGUAUGUCUGUAUGUACUUUCUACUACUUAAGGCAUGGCUAUGAGUUGUCAAUAAUGAUAAUAAGAAAUGAAUUUUAAAGAAAGUCUGUGAUGAAAGAAACGAUUAAAAUAAUGAUGAAAAUCAAUUUAUCCUAAUAUUAAGUGCAUAAAAUUCACAAAAAAAAAGUAAUAAUGUUAAAACGUUUGAGCAUAAAAAAGAGCUAUGUUUAAUAGAAAGUUACGUUUUGCAAUAAACUACUUACAAUAAUGUUUGUUUAGAUAUCUACAUUCGUAGAUUAAUAAUGGUAUUAAAUAAUGUACAUACAUUUGAAUGUUAAAUGUUAUAAAUUACAAAAAUAAAAAAAAAAAACAAUAUUAGCAUUAUAUUGUGAUUUUCUCGAUUAAAUUUAAAACAUAUUUACCCAAAAAAAACAAACUGUAUACAAAUACACACAUAUAUAAGUAUAUGUAUAAUUAAGUACAAUGUUGUAAAUUCAACAAUAAAAUUAAAUUAAUAACUCCUUUACAUACCUACAUACAUACAAAAUAUAUUUUAUUAUACUUCUGUAACGCAUAAAAACAUGUACAAUAAUUUUGUGGUAAAUUUUCCGGGGCUUAAAAAUUAAAAUAUACCAUAUGAGAGAAAAAGCGGUAUUCGGUUAUUGUACAUACUUAUGUAAUGAAAGAAUACAAUAUUUCUAGAAU